AUGCCUGCACGCACAACGGCCCCCGCAGACAUCGAGACAAUCGCGGGCUUCAUCCCCAAAGUCUUCGAGCAGGUCCAAUAUACGGUCGCAAAUCACCAGAAGAAUCACAUUGCGCUCUACAAGCUCCAUCUCGACGCCGCGACGCACACCCAGUCCGUGCAGAAUGGCAAGAGCAUCAAACUCAUUGGCGAGCGCGCCUUUGAGUACAAUCUAAUUGGCAUGCUCUACGUAUUACCCGUGAAGAAGGGCAUCAGCGUCGCCGACAGGGUGAUCAAGUUCGUAGGGGGCUACACAAAAUUCAUAAACGAGAAAACUACGGAGGCUGCAGAAGAGAAGGGAGAGGAGGAGGAAACAACCGCGUCCAGAUUCGUCUCCCGCGUCCUUCGCUUCCUCCUCUCCGGAUGUGCCAAAGACAAGACCGUUCGCUACCGAGUCGUGCAGUGCAUCGCGGAGAUGAUCGCGCAUUUGGACGAGAUCGAUGAGGACCUCUACUCCUCACUGCGCUCCUCCCUCAUGGAACGCGCGCGUGACACAGAGUCCACCAUCGGCUUCCAAGCUGUUGUUGCGCUCUCCAAACUCGCAGGCUCCGAGGAUGUGUCGAACUCGAAGAGGGCGAGCAGACCAUCAUGGACAUGCUCAUCGACUGCCUCACCUACGACGCCGCUCCGUAAGUUGCUGAUAUUCCCUGCAACAACUCGUGUCUCACUCAACCAUCGCAGCGAUGUGCGCCGCUCUGCCCUGCUCAACCUUCCCCUUACCCCUGCGAUACUCCCGCCGAUGCUGGCCCGCACGCGCGACACAGACCCACCCCCGCCUUCUCCGACGCCGUCGUCGUUCACCGAAGAUUCCGCUGAUGCGCUGGACCUCAGAAAGGACGCGUAACCGCUGGAGUUCCUCGAGCUGCAUGACAUCGACCUGACCCCGGAGGCGUUCGCGGUGGUCUUCGCACGCUCCCCCAUAUCCGCGAGCUCCGGCUACACGAGAGCUCAGUCUCUGCCAACGGGACGCUCCGUCUGCUGCAUGGCCCGCAUGGGCUCUGUCCGCGGCUCACCAAGGUCGAUUUCCGGUGGUGCGGCUCGUCGAGCUCGUGCGAAGUCGGCUUCCCGGCGCAGCGGGUGCGGUAACGGAGCGGUCUCAGCCUGCGUCGGCGGCCUAGAUCGAGGUCCUCAACCCGGAAACCGCAAGCGCUAGUAUGACGGGUCCGGCCGCAGACCCUGUCGAAGAGGU